UCUCUCUCUCUCACAUACAAACAUACCAUACAUACACACACGCACACACACAUCACCCACCCACUCACUUCUCGGAUGGUCAGCAGCGCCAGGGUCGAAAACUUGACCGAAUUAAUUUGUCGCGGUUUGCAGUAAUCAAUCAUUCUUGGCUGCGAAACAAAGACGACCCAGAUAAUCGUGCAAAACAGACCCUGGCCCAGCCGUCCAUGUCCGUCAAGUAACGUAACCAACCCCAACGCGCGUGCUUGUCUGUCCUAUCGGCGCCUGACCUGGUCUAAUAUCCCGCCCCGGACCUUUUUUCUUGCAUGGUGGGGGGCCACGCAUCUCCCCCUUUCCUGAGACAGAAGUCUCAAGCACAAGCUCCCUCAAUUAAUUCCCACGCCUGACGCACCGCACUUUUUCGCAACCAACCCAGAGGGAAACCCUCCAACACCGUUCGUUGCCCAGUCACGCCCGCUACCACCUGUCAAUCGCCAAACCCAACCGCAAGCAAGAGAAAAAAAAAGUUCACGCUGCUUUUUCUCCCCCCUCCCAGUCACACGAAAAUACACAAGGACGAUCGCGAAACGAAACUAGAACCUGACACCUGAGGAGGACAUUUUCCGAACCCAUUCAAUCGAAAACAAGCCUCUUGAUUCUCAGGGGCGCUCCUUGCAUCCCCCCCGCCCGUGCGACCGACCGACACGAUCGAUCUCUUCAGCAUUGAUUGUCACUACUUUGAUGUCAACAGCCGUCGCCAACCAGCCACAGUCAAACCAAACCCGACUUUUUUCCAAUAUCGUCGACCUAGCCGCCCGAUUAACUGGCACAUCGACAUUUGCCCUUUCUUUUUUCGCACUCGACACCACAGCAUAGUCGCCAGUACCGAUUCCAUCUGGCCUAUAUUCUCUGUUUCAACCCGUCACAAAGUGACAACCGCGACGCAAACGAACACCAAGACAUAGUGGUUUUGUCUUCUCCCUCCGUCGCCGGGCCACUGACCGUCACAUACCAGAGGUCGAUCAGCGGUCGCGGAGGCUUCAGCCCAGCAACCUGACCGGUCGCUUCGGGUUCACCAAAGCCGCGCCUCCGUCAAAAUGUCCGUCAUGCUGCAAACUCCAUCCAGAGCCUCGUCAGCCUCCUCAUCAUCCUUCCAGCCUAUAUCUCGCCAGAACACCAUGUCUUCCUACGAUGGAUCGCGGUCAACCCGCCAGUCCAAGCGGUAUUCCAUGUCGGCAUUGUACAUGUCAAUGUCUGCAAACGAGACCGACUUGGAAAUAGAAGAUGAUCUUGCCAAAGCGCAAAAAGUACUUCGCGACCUCAAGUCCAAGAUCUCGUCACAAUCCAAAAAGAAUUUCGUCCUAGAAAAGGAUGUCCGGUAUCUCGACGGCCGGAUUGCCCUCCUGAUCCAAAAUCGCAUGGCAUUGGAAGAGCAACACGAGACCGCAAGCUAUUUGGAAGAUGCCGCCGAUUUACAAGAAGGAGCUUUCCCCAACGACGACAGGACACAAAAGUACGGCAACUUGAUGUUCUUACUGCAGUCCGAGCCGAGGCACAUUGCCCACCUCUGCCGACUGGUCUCGAUGCAAGAGAUCGACUCGCUGCUUCAGACAGUCAUGUUCACCAUUUACGGUAACCAAUACGAGAGCCGUGAAGAGCACCUUCUUCUUACCAUGUUCCAGUCCGUUUUGACCUACAACUUCGAAAACACGCCGGAGUACUCGUCCCUCCUCCGCGCAAACACCCCAGUGUCGCGAAUGAUGACGACAUACACGCGGCGAGGCCCUGGUCAGAGCUUCCUCAAGUCCGUACUUGCCGAUAAGAUCAACAGUCUGAUCGAGCUCAGGGACCUCGACCUGGAGAUCAACCCGUUGAAGGUUUACGAGCGGAUGAUUGAACAGAUCGAAGAGGAUACAGGCAGCGUGCCCCCGUCACUACCUCGGGGAGUCACGGCCGAACAGGCUGCUGCAAACCCACAGGUUCAAGAGAUCAUUGAACCCAGGUUAGCCAUGCUUACCGAUAUCGCCAACGGCUUCCUCAGCACGAUUAUAGACGGGUUGGAAGAGGCACCAUACGGUAUAAGGUGGAUCUGCAAGCAGAUCCGAAGCCUUACAAAGAGGAAGUACCCUGAUGCUAAUGACCAGGUUAUAUGUACCCUCAUUGGCGGUUUCUUUUUCCUCCGCUUCAUCAACCCGGCUAUCGUAACGCCAAAGUCCUACAUGCUCAUCGAUGGACAGCCUGCCGACAAGCCACGAAGGACAUUGACACUCAUAGCAAAGAUGCUACAGAACCUCGCGAACAAGCCAUCGUAUGCCAAAGAGCCAUACAUGGCUGGACUUCAGCCCUUUGUACAGAUGAACAAGAGCAGGGUCAACAAGUUCAUGCUUGAUCUUUGCGAGGUUGGAGACUUUUACGAGAGCCUGGAGAUGGACAACUACGUGGCGUUGUCAAAGAAGGACCUCGAACUAUCCAUCACGCUCAACGAGAUUUACGCUAUGCACGGCCUGCUGGAGAAGCAUGCACAUGAGCUUUGCAGGGACGAGAACUCGCAUCUCGCCCUGCUCAUGGGAGAACUCGGCCAAGCGCCGCAGCAAGUUCCCCGCAAAGAAAACAGAGUCAUGAAUCUGCCUCUGUACAGCCGCUGGGAGACGGCUAUCGACAACCUGACAGCCGCUUUGGAUAUCACGCAAGAAGAGGUCUUUUUCAUGGAGGCGAAAUCUAUCUUUGUCCAGAUUAUGCGCUCCAUACCUCAAAAUACGGCCGUGGCGCGUCGCCCACUAAGGCUGGAGAGGAUCGCAGACGCGGCUGCCACAUCCAAGAAUGAUGCGGUCAUGGUCCGCAAGGGAAUCAGGGCCAUGGAGUUGCUCAGCCAGUUACAAGAACUGAAGGUGACCGAUAAGUCGGAUGGUUUCGGUUUGUUGCGCGACGAAAUCGAGCAGGAGCUGCAACAUCUGGGCUCGCUCAAGGAGGGUGUCAUCGCCGAGACACAGAAGCUAGAGGAGGUGUACAAGACGAUUCGCGAUCACAAUGCGUACCUCGUGGGUCAGCUGGAGACGUAUAAGAGCUAUCUGCACAAUGUGCGCAGCCAAAGCGAGGGCACGCGCCGCAAGGCCCAGAAGCAGCAGGUGCUGGGCCCAUACAAGUUUACCCACCAGCAGCUAGAGAAGGAGGGCGUCAUUCAAAAGAGUAAUGUUCCGGAUAACAGGCGGGCAAACAUCUAUUUCAACUUUACAAGCCCUCUACCCGGAACAUUUGUCAUUUCGCUACACUAUAAGGGACGCACACGAGGACUCCUCGAGCUGGAUCUGAAGCUGGACGAUCUGCUCGAAAUGCAGAAAGACGGCCAGGACGAUCUGGAUUUGGAGUACGUUCAGUUCAACGUCACCAAGGUCCUCGCACUGCUGAACAAGCGGUUCGCGCGGAAGAAGGGCUGGUAGAAACAGCAACCUUUACCACCAUUAUCAACCUACAUCCACACCGAAUCUAUACCAUCGUGUUCCUCAAAAACUGGCUUGACGGGAAGGACGGACGAUUUUACGAGUAUUCCCGAAUUUGAACGGCCAGCAACUCGCCAUGAUGCACCGAGCUUCUCACACUUCUGUAGAAUGUGUGGACUUCUACCUUUUUCCUAUGGAGUUCGGGGACCAUGAUACCACUUCUUCUUUAUUUCUUUACCUGCUCUCUAUCUCUAUUUUUGUCCCUUACUAGCGGACAACUAACUCUGUAUACGACCUGCCCAGCGAUGAGGCUUUAUAUUCUGCUCAUUUGUUGGGGUUUAUAUCCUCCUUUUUUUGGGUGCCUCCCAGGUUACCUAUAUGGCUCAGCAAUUGCUUCGAUUGACGUUUUUCUCAAUAUUUUUUAUGUUACUUUUUUUUUCUUUCGUUUCUUUGUUUGAACGACGAAAAGCGCCAUAUCAGCUAUAAUGCCACCAGGCCGAUGAGGCCUACGAAAUCUAGUGCGACAUGCCUUCAACACUCUUCAGGAAAUUCAGGUUGCGUGGAAUAGUUCUCAUCGCAAAGUCCACUCCGGGUACCAAACAUAGUUGGUGUCAUAGCCAAUGCUUGGAAAGGCAGCGUCACGGGUUUAAGGGUGACAAGUGUGAGGAUCUAGUGUUCUCAUCAUGACACCAGCCGAACCUCUGGCACAAUACGAUGUUCCCGGCGUGCAAGACCAACUUGCUUGACACAGAUGCGAUUAACCGGAACCAGUAGAGCCUGCAAGGAGUGAUAAGGAGCGGAGUCUGGACAUUUUCAUUGCCCGUAUUCGGGCAUGACCGGUACAUAUAUAUAUUUUUUGUUGUGGUGGGACAAGCAAGACCAGUUGAUUUUAAUGAACAGACCCGCGUUCAGCGAGAAGUCUGAGGUCGUAAAAACAAGAGGGGGUUGGGCGGCAGGCGAGCUUUUUCUUGGGUUGUGCUUGAAUGGAAGGGAGAUUGGGGCGGCUUUCACAUAUCAGUAUUAUAUUCCUCGGCUGGUCCGGUGUCAGUGAUCGAGCUUUUGUCUUACUACAUCCAAACUAUUUUUUCCCCCUGACUUGAUAUCAUCCCUCCUGCACUGUA